AUGGAAGAUGUGAUAACAGAAGCAGCACCACCGUCAAGACUACUAGAAGAAGACCUAAAUAAUUUCACACCACCAUCUAAACCUCUUCCUUCACCCUUUCUCCUCUUCCCCCACACUCAACAACAACAACAACCCCUCAAACCAAACCUCCUCAUCAUCGCUAUCUCUUCCCCUUCUCUCUCCCUCUUCCAAACCAUCCUCAACUCCCAAACCCUAACCGCCUCGCUCAUCCUCCCUGAAUUCCCUCUCUCUCAUCCCGACAACACCAUAGACAUCCACUCCAUCUCAUCUAACAUUCUCCUCGCCACCGUUCGUACUUCGAUCCCCGAUAACCGCGCUUACGCCGUUGCUGACGUUCUACUCAACGACCGGAUCCGUCCUGAUUCGGCUGUUAUACUCGAUUCUAUCCAGACGAUGAAUCACCGCGGGUUACUUUCGUCUGACGAAGCUGUUGGAUUCAAGCUGGAGAGCUCUGCGGAAAGAAAGAAGGCUGUUGGGGAGAAAUUGUUGGGCGAAUUGGAGUAUUACCCGUCUGGUAGCGUUGUCGAUGGGCUUGGUGCCGCGAUUCUUGGAAGGUGCCAGAUUCUGAACCUUAGGGCUAGCUUGUGUGUUUCUUGGCCUCAGUUUGAUCCUUCUGUUGUGUUGUUGUUGAAGGAUUUGGUUCGGCCUUUGGCGGAAUUUGAUUUUGGUUUUAAUGGUAAUGAGGAAGCUUUGAAAUAUGGGAGGAAUAGGGAUCAUGUUUUUCAAUCUCAUCCGUAUAUUUGA